AUGACGGGAGUCGGCCUCCGUCUCACGCUGCUGGCACUUCUGGCCUUGUGCGACUCGGCUCGUGCGAACAAGAGGGACUCGACGCCCACGUCGACCCUUUCGACGGUGCCGAUAUUCAUCCCCGGCUACGGUCAUGACCAGUGGUCCCUGCUUCGCGGUAGCAUCAUCUCCAGUACACCGACGGCUACCGAAACGACGUACACAAUCUUCUGCCCUGUCCAGACGCCGCCCGCCUGCGAGCUCUCGCUCGAGUUUCCCUUUAUCAUCGCCGAGGGGCCGGGUACGCUCCAGUUUCACGGGACGUUGACGUCAACCUACAUCUACGGCGGGCCGCUAACGAGGCUGUUGGGCAGCAUCGCCAACCUCGAAUGCAAACUAGACGGAACGACGGCCGCCACCUGCUCGGGCUACUCGAGCUUCGCACCCGGUUACACGAGCGGACAGUACAGCGGGCCGACCGAGGUGUCCUGGACCUCGACCCUGUCGGGCACCGCCGUGGAAUGGGGCACCCUCACGUUGACGGACAUGCCGACGGAGACGGGCGAUCGACACGACAUGAUUGCCACCCUCACGCUGCCGACCGUUGCCUCGUCCGUCCUGCCCCAGUCGACAGGGACGACGUCGGCCGGCGCCGGCACCAGGCCUGCCGCGUCGUUGGCUCUCGCGGUAGCUGCCGCCGGUCUCCUCGCCUCUCAGCUGGUAUUCUGA